CAGCUCUAGGAAAAUGUCAACGCUCUCCGUCCCUCUCUUUCCGUCUUCCAGAACAGUUCUUCCUGCUGAAGCUGCUGGACUGGGUUUUGCGUGGAGCUGCUCAGGUGAUGUUCGUCAACAACCCUUUGAGCGGCCUCAUCAUUUUUGCAGGCCUCAUCCUGCAGAACUACUGGUGGGCCCUGAAUGGCUUUGUGGGCACGCUGUUUGCCACCAUCUCUGCCCUUAUUCUGCAACAGAACAGGGGGUCCAUAGCUGCAGGGCUGUACGGUUACAAUGGUAUCCUGGUGGGUCUGCUGAUGGCUGUGUUCUCCCACAAAGGAGACUGGUACUGGUGGCUCCUGCUACCCAACAUCUUCAUGUCCAUGAUGUGCCCGAUUGUGUCCAGUGCCAUAGCAUCGAUCAACAGUCGCUGGGACCUGCCAGUGUUCACCCUGCCCUUCAACAUCCUGGUGUGUCUCCACAUGGUCGCCACGGGACACUACAACCACUACUUCCCCCAAAUACUCAUUCAGCCGCGCUCAGAGCUGGCCAACAUCACCUGGGCUGAGAUUGACGUAGCCAAGCUGUUCAUGUCGGUGCCCGUGGGAGUAGGCCAGGUGUACGGCUGUGACAACCCGUGGACGGGAGGAAUCUUCAUCGUGUCACUCUUCAUCUCCUCCCCUAUCACAUGUGCUCAUGCUGUUCUGGGAUCUGCCGUGGGCAUGGUUUCAGGCUUGGCUCUGGCAGCUCCUUUUGGAGACAUUUACUUUGGCCUCUGGGGAUACAACUGUGUGCUGGCUUGCAUUGCUGUCGGAGGAAUGUUUUACGCUCUAACCUGGCAGGUGCAUCUGCUUGCCAUCACUUGUGCUUUUUUCUGUGCGUACCUCGGCUCAGCCAUUGCCAAUAUCAUGUCCACCUUUGGUCUUCCAUCCUGCACUUGGCCUUUCUGUCUCUCUGCCCUCACUUUCCUCCUUUUAACCACGGAGACCAAGAAGAUCUACAAGCUGCCUCUGGCUAAAGUCAACUACCCCGAGAAAAACCUGUCCUACUUCUGGAAGAUGAAGAAGCAAGAAAAAAUGGAGAAGGCUGAGAAAGAGAGGAAAGAGAACAAGGAGCAGAGGAAGGCUCUUGAGGACGCGGUGAUAUUGAACGAGAAAGAGCAACUGAGGCUGAAUGGGAUUUAGUUUUGUUUCUCACCCCUGAAAGUCCUGUCCACCUGGGACGUUUGCAUCAAAAUCGAAAACAAAAAAUGAGGGAGCGCAAACGAGAAGAGCUGCAGCGAGAGCAAAAGUCUGAUCAUUGAGAAAGAAGCAAAGACAAAAAAAA